AUGUCGUCGGCCGAAACCUGUACUAGAAGGGAUGUCCAAGAACAUCUGCAUGGGACAGGUUACAAUCAACGCACGAGAGCAUAUUCCAAUCAAGAGCUGGCACCAUCUCGUCUAAAGUAUGUAGAAUUCCCGGAUCAGCAAUACGAUGCAGAUAGUGGCACUACUUUCCUGACAAACGCUCAACCUGCACCUCGGGAGAGACGGGAUGGCACAGCCCAUAGAAGUCGAAUGCUAUCCAACUUUCACGUUCAAUUUGACCAAAUGCAGACAAAUGUCAACGCAGCAUCGUCCAAUGGAACACCCUACAAGCCAUGCGAUCCCAUUUCCAGUCGAACCAAGAAACCCAGCGAAACUAUCAUUUCUCGAGAGCGGCUGCCGUCCCCGACAGGAAACCUUAUUACAAGAAGGUUUUCAUGUAACAGUCGAGGUUUUGCAGUAGUCGUAUCUGCCGACCCCUCCCCUCCCACAUUGGCGUCGUCGCGCUAA